GCCGUUGACAUGUUUAUUACAAACCAAAAUUUAUGACCCAGAUCUGUAAUCACAUGAUUUUACAAAGUCUGUGGUUAUGUUAGGUGGAAAUCACCCCUUGUUGCUUGUAGCUGUCUGCAGUGGAGGUGGUGGUGGUGGUGUGAUAGCAGUUUAUAGGUUACAAGGAUGAUGUCCCGAUGUAACGUUUCUCUGCCGUUAAUCUGCGAUGGCUCACAGUCCAGGAUUGUGCCUUGACCUUCAGGUGGUGCCAGUUAAUCCCAUUAGGCAGCCGUUGUGGCAAUCCCAGCAGACCUGUGCUGGCCGUGCCGCACUCUACACCUACGGCAUGCAGAGACACCUGUAGACACGCAGGAUGUUUAACUGGGUGGUUAAAGUGGUCCCCCAACCCCCUGAAGCUCCUGUGACAGAUGAACCUACAAAGGCCCCUGCUGCUGUCCCCCCAAAAAACAGAGAGGUGAAGAGUCCUCCACUGAAAACCACGGAUGAAGCUUCAGAGGAUAGUCAGGGCCAGACUGGAGUUUUAGGCUGGCUUUCUAAUGGGUUUGUCAGUUCCCUGCCUCAACCUUCUAGCUCCCCUCGACUUGACAGGGCCAACUCAGACUCAAAGUCAGGACAGGAUAGAGAAAGGUCUGGAGUGAUAGGCUGGGUCACUCAGGGUCUGACCAAGGUGUUGCCUCAACCUGAUGACAAGUAUAAAGAGACUCAAGAGGUCAUAGAAGAAGAAGAACACACUGAGGUGUAUGAUGUACAAACAAUGCCAGAUUAUGAUCCCCUCCCACAUAUCCCAGUGGUGGAGAUGGUGUCAGAAGAUGAGGGGGAGGGAGAAAGUGCGAGCCAUCAACUCCCUUCCAGUACUGUGGUGAACUGGAUAAAGCAGAUGGUCCCUCAGCCAAUACUGCCCCCUGGUGUCGUUCCUGAAACAACCAAGUCCGCUCGCUCCUCUGUGGAUAAAACUUUGUCUCCACCACCUGAAUCUCUCAGUGGAAUUUCACUGGAUACUGACAGCAAGGCAUCGAAUGUGGUUGGCUGGUUUGUAUCGGGACUGGGCCUGAAAAUGCCUCAACCUGCCGCACCACCCAAAGAUGAUGCUGAGGGUCAUACUGAAGCUCUACAGAAAGGGGGGAAGGCGCUGCGAGCCCCUUAAACAGCAGGAGGAGACGACUGGGGGACGCUCUGAUUCCCGCACAGACAGACAGACAGACAGACAGACAGACAGACAGACAGACAUAUUGUGCUGUUAGCAGAACUGCAGGGGCUGUGCAACGUAUAGACACCAGGCAGCUGUAAAAUGCAACAAGAACAAUAGAGAUAUAUUUGACUCACCUUACUGUACUCGAUACAGUUUCAGAUGAAUGUAUUAUAACUUUGCAUUGAUAAACAUGUACUGUAUAUUUUAUAGCUGAUUAGACAAAUUUUGUCUUCAGUCUUUGUGAUUUGAAUUUGCACAUUUUCUGUUUGACACAGAAACAUUUAGUAAUUGCCAUUUAUUUGAAAUUCCUGUAGGUGUCGUCACACACUAAAGUUUUUUUUCUGUUACUUUAUAGUGCAUUAACCUAUGGCAGUGUGCACUAAAUAUUUGUGUUGCCAUCUCCAUAUCCAAUGCAAGAGCAAUAGCAGCUUA